AUGGCGUUUGCGUCUACUACUACCACUACGCUGAACAAAACGUUCCUCUCCGUCCAGCUUAUUAUGCAGAACAUCAUGAGGCACAACGGCGGGAGUGCGUUUCGCUUGAGCCACAUCCAGAAGGACAAGCUACUGCGUGCUGGUGUACUUCCUGAUCCCCUUUCUUGCGAUCCAGCUCUUUAUCGGCCGACUCUCGUCAAAGUUGUGUCCCAAAGGGCCAAGACGUGUGCCCCUCCACCAUCCUCGGACUUCGACGCUUUCUGGUUCUCGAGUAGAUAG